UAAAUAGUAAUAUGGAGAAAGAUUUCAAGACUGAGUCAUCAUCAUCUACCUUUGCUCUUCAAAGUUCUUCAGAGACAUUGUUUUCUAUUCAGCUAUUAGAUUUCAAAACAAGUUUACUGGAAGCAUUGGAAGAAUUGCGUAUGAGAAGGGAAAUAGAAACUCAAUAUGAGGAGCAGAUUGGGAAAAUUAUUGUGGAGACUGAAGAACUUAAAUGGCAAAAAGAAACUCUUCAGAGUGAAAAGGAAACAUUAGCAAAGCAACAAAAAGAAGCAAUGGCAGUUUUUAAAAAGCAGUUGCAAAUGAAGAUGUGUGUCUUGGAAGAAGAAAAGGGAAAAUAUCAACUUGCUACAGAAAUAAAAGAAAAAGAAAUCGAAGGAUUGAAAGAAACAUUAAAAGCAUUACAGGUUUCUAAAUAUUCUUUACAGAAGAAAGUGACUGAAAUGGAGCAAAAGAUCCAGUUACAUCUUCUGGCUAAAGAAGAUUAUCAUAAGCAACUGAAUGAAAUUGAGAAAUACUAUGCUACAAUAACAGGUCAAUUUGGAUUGGUAAAAGAGAAUCAUGAAAAGUUAGAACAAAAUGUACAGGAAGCAGUACAAUUAAACAAAAGACUUUCAGCUUUAAAUAAAAAGCAAGAAUCUGAAAUAUGCAGUUUAAAGAAGGAACUAAAAAAAGUAUCCUCAGACUUGGUGAAGUCCAAGGUCACAUAUCAAUAUAAGAUGGGAGAAGAAAACAUCAAUCUAACAAUUAAAGAACAAAAAUUUCAAGAACUUCAAGAAAGACUCAGCAUGGAAUUGGAAUUAAAUAAGAAGAUUAAUGAAGAGAUUACCCAUAAUCAAAAAGAAAAACAGGAGAUCAUCGUUUCUUUCCAACAUAUCCAGCAGUUAUUUCAGCAACAAAUUCAAGCUAAUGCUGAAUUGGAGUCAGAACUGAAGAUGCUAAAAGAAAAUAAUCAGACCCUUGAGAGAGAUAAUGAGCUGCAAAGGGAGAAGGUAAAAGAAAAUGAAGAAAAGUUUCUUAAUCUUCAAAAUGAGCAUGAGAAAGCACUAGGAACUUGGAAAAGACAUGUUGAAAAACUUAAUGGAGAAUUUAAUGAGAUCAAAAAUGAAUUAUCAUCACUUAAAGAAACUCAUAUAAAGUUACAAGAACAUUACAACAAAUUAUGCAGUCAGAAAAAGUUUGAAGACAAGUUUCAGAAUGUUCCAGAAAUAAAUAAUGAAAACAGUGAAAUGUCAACUGAAAAAUCAGAAAAUACCAUUAUAGAGAAGUAUAUUGAGCAAGAAACAAGGGAAGAAAAUAUGGAGAGUUUUUGUUCAGAAACUGAAUACAGAGAAAAAGAGGAAAAGAAAGAAGACUUAUCUAUAGAUGAAAUCAUUAUAGAAGAUUUACAACUUUCUGAAAAAAGCUUCAAGAGUGAAGAUACUACUGUAUCUCAGAAUGAAAAUCAAAGUGAAAUCUCCCUAAGCAAAACCCUCUGCUUAGAUAAAGAAGUAAUUAGUCAAGGACAAACCUUGAAUGUUACUGACAACAGAAAAUCAGUUACUACAGAAAUAAAAGAUAAGGUGUACCUGGAAAAAGACAAUGGAUGUGCAGAAUUUAAAUCACCAGAGAAUUCUUUUUUAGUGUUAGGUGUAACAACAGAAACAGAAAAGAUACACCUGGAAAGGAUGGCAGGGGUAGGUCUUCACCAUGCCGAUGUUCAUCUGGUGGGUGAAAAUAACAUCAUUUCAAACGAGACAGCUCACAGUGCAAACCAUAAUUCACAUGUUUCUGAAAAUGAACCAUUCAAGCAAUUCCGAUCACUUCUGGGGACCGAGGGGCAUGCCACAGAGGAGAUUCCAGACAGCACCCAAACCAAAGCAGAGCUGGAUUCAUGUCUAGAUGCUCCACAUCAGCAACAAGGUUUACAGAAUUCAGGCCAUGUAAUGUUAGAGGAGUCACAACGUAAAAUCAAACAAAUACAACUGUUAAAUAAGAAAAGCGAAUGCAGCAUAUCAUCUUUUAAACAAGUCUCAGACUCUAAGCAAGUCUGCAAUGAUACUUUAGAGAAACCUGAGCUGACUGUUCCCUGUGAUAAUACAGUAACUGAUUUACCCAUUUCAUCUGUUGCUCUCAGUGACCAUUUGAAAGUACUUCUCAAAAAUUCAGAUAAGUAUGUUAACAGCAUGCCUCUGUUGGUGAAACCUAACUCAGGCCCUGGGGAAAGAACUACAUGGAAAGACACGAAUGAUAUGCAAAGCAGUCAACUUGAGAACUGUCUGGGAUAUUUAGAAAACAACAAUGUGACUAUUUCCCAUCUUCAGGUUAACAAUGAGAGUAGUCAUGUUUUGCAAGCCAGAGAUGUGAAAACUGCUGUUUACAUGAAAACUUCUACAGAAUUACAGUUUUCCAGUAAAGAGAACCAGAUUAAUGGGAAUCAGACAACUGAAGCCACAAAAAACGACCUCUUCCUUUUUGUGAACAUCAAUGAAAGACAGCAUACAUCAUUAAAUACAGAGAAAACAGAGUCAUUAAAUGACACUGUUUCAGGAAAAAUGUACAGUGGAGGACAGAUGGAGGGAUCACAAUUAUUUCACAUAAAGCCAUCUGGAGAUUUAGUAAACAGAAGUGGAAGGUCAGCCUUUGAUCUUUCAACUUCAGAUAAAAAAACUGAGAAAACUCCAGUAUACAUGAAUUUUUCAGACUCUGGCCCUUGCUCAAGAGUAAAUCAAAUUGAAAGUCAAACAGGGAGCGCUUCAACUCCAAGCAUUUCUUUGUUGCUCAAAGAAAGACCCAUAGGUCCAGCAGAAAACAAAAGGAUUUCAGUGGCUCCUUGUAAAAAUGUUGGUGUGGAAAAUGUCAAAAAGGAUAUUGGACCAGAUACUACCAGCAUGAACAGAGUUGCUGACACUUUGAAUAACUGGAGUAUCCAUCCACAUCCCGAGGGGGAUCCCAGGGAAGAAAGGAAUGCAAUUGCAAGAACUUUUUAUGAUUCUUCUUUUCCCACAGAACAUGUGAAAACAAAGCUGGUGAAAUCAACUCUGCUACGAAGUCAUUUUCCAGCCAUUGAGAUUAAAGAUACUCCUAGUGAAGAUGACUGGCAGAGCCUCCUAACAAAUCAGAUAAAGGAGACCAAAAGGUUCCUAAGCCUAGAAAAUGACAACCCACCUAAAAAAAGAAAAACAGAAGAGAUGUCAGGAAAAAAAACCAAUUAAAACAAUGUUGCUCAAUGCUUUCUGUGGCAAAAUGAUACAGCUGAAAUACUGGUAUAAUUUUUACUAGAACAAAAUGGACGGUGGA